AUGGACCAGUACAGGGUGAACAGUAUACACCAGGACAGGGUGAACAGCAUGGACCAGGACAGGGUGAACAGUAUACACCAGGACAAGGUGAACAGUAUGGACAAGGACAGGUUGAACAGUUUGGAGCAGGACAGUAUGGAGCAGGACAGGUUGAACAAUAAGGACCAGGACAGGGUGAACAAUAUAGACCAGGACAGGGUGAACAGUAUGAACCAGGACAGGUUGAACAGUUUGGACCACGACAGGGUGAACAUUCGGGACCGAGACAGGGUGAACAGUAUGGACCAGGACAGGGUGAACAGUAUGGAUCAGGAGAAGGUGGACAGUAUACACCAGGACAGCUUGAACAGUAUGGAUCAAGAAAUGGUGAACAGUAUGAACCAGAACAGGGUGAACAGUAUGGACCAGGACAGGGUGAACGGUAUGGACCAGGACAGGGUCAACAGUAUGGACCAGGAUAGGGUGAACAGUAUACACAAGGACAGCGUGAACAGUAUGUACCAGGACAAUGUGAACACUAUACACCAGGACAGGGUGAACAUUAUUGACCAGGACAGGGUGAACAGUAUGAACCAGGACAGGGUGAACAGUAUGGACCAGGAAUGUGAGAACAGUAUGGACCUGGACAAGGGGAACAUUAUCUACCACGACAGGGUGAACAGUAUGGACCAGGACAGGAUGAACAGUAAGGACCAGGGGACGGUGAAAAGUUUGUACCAGGAAUGGGUGAACAGUAGAGACCACCACAGGGUGGACAGAACACAGCAGGACAGGGUGAACAGUAUGAACCAGUACAGGGUGAACAGUAUGGACCAGGACAGGGUGAAAAGUGUGGACCAGGACAGGGUGAACAGUAUGGACCAGGACACGGUGAACAGUAUGGACCAGGACUGGGUGAACAGUAUGAACCAGGACAGGGUGUACAGUAUGUAA